AUGCGAUUCCUCUGCGUGCUGAUCCUCUCCUGCCUCCUGGCGGUGGCCUAUACCGCCACGACGAGUCCAGCAGAUCCGACAACGACUCCAACAGCGACUCCAACAACGACUCCAACAACGAGUCCGACUACGACCACUCCAUCCACAGACAGCUCGACCACCAAUUCAACCACCACGGCCACCACUGUGGCCCCCACGACCUCCUCCACCACGGAGGCUUCGACUUCCGACAAGAAAGUGAAACACGAAACCCAUUGGAAAGUCGUAAGACGCGAGCCCGCUAAGAUCAUAACGACUCAUCAUAGCAAGGGCCAUGAGGAAAAGAAGGACAAGAAGACUAAGAAGGACAAUAAGACUAAGAAGGACAACAAGAACAACAAGAGGAAGAACAGGCGUACCCGUCGCAGUGGUUAA